CUUCUCAUUCCAACAUUCGUUUUUCGACCUGAGAUUCACUCUGCUCGUUCCAAAGAUGCACGCCUCAAUCCUCGUCCUCGGCUCCAUGCUGGGUAGUGCUAGCCACGCUCUGGCUUCUUCCCACAGAGUGCUCCCGCUGCACGUCAACCACGCCAAGCGUCAGGGCCCGGGCAACGCUUUCGACCCCCCGGAGACAGAUAUAUGCGAUCCAACUUGGCCCAUUUGCGGCAACACCAACUUUUGCUUCAAUGAAGCUGAAGAUUAUAAGUGCUGCCCUGGUGAAGAGCACGUCUGCCCUCCUGGAUCCUACUGUCUGUACGCUCCUUACUGCUGUCCGGAUGAGUACACUACCCAAGAGUGCGCCGACGAGCUCGGAAUCACCCUCCCGCCAACGUCCACCGCGACUUCGACCACCACCGCUGAGCCCACCUCCACCUCCACCAGCUCGACCCCCGUGAUCCCCACUACGACCACCACGCCUCCCAGCUCCUCUUCCUCUGCUGUCCCUCCCACGGAGACUCCAGAGUCGCCUGAGUUUACUGGGGCAGCGAAUGCCAAGCUUGCUGCUGGUGGGGCUGCUGUUCUGGGUUGGCUGGGUGUUUUCGGGAACUUGCUUUUCUAGGCGGUUUUCUUCUCUCGUAUAUUGCGAGGGGAAACUGGCGAGGCUGGAUAGCUGCCCCGGUACUUUGUUGUGUUGUAAUAUAAUAUGGGUGUGGUGCGUCUUGGAUUGACUAAAGUCUCUGUCCUGGCUGGGUUGGCCGUGAUGGAUGUAAUUGAUGUAGAUAUCCACAAUAUGCUAAUCACAAAGAGAUAAUGGGUCAGGGCACAAUUUGAUUUGGAUGAACGCUU